GUGUACUUCGCUGUUGAUUGUUAGUGUAUGUGUUUGCUGGUGACAAACUCCCAUUUGUUUCCAAAUUUUCUGAACGGCAAUGAUUGGUAAGGAGCCUUAGCGGUGUUCAUCUGAAAGAGGGUGAAGUGCACUUUUAAUUGUAGCAGUUGCAGUUGACUCACAAACCUGUGAUAUGCACUUAUGCUGGUUCUAUAUAGCAUUCCUUCUAUAAGCUAUAUGACACCAAACCCCUAAGUUUGGACCUUAGCGCCGGUUCAUGGUUGUAUUUUCCUCACCUGAUACUUGUUUCUAGCACGAGAGCAUCGCUGUAGCUGUGAUGUGCUAGCCGAUGUCUAUGUAGAUCGAUUGUAGCUGACUUGUGUGCCUUGCUGAUAGCUAUUCAAUCUGAUGCUGAUUGCAUUGCGGAUAACUAUGUAGAUCAGUUUGAUGAAUGCUUUGGUAGAUAUGUCCUGCUGGAUAAUAUGGGGUCUCUUUAUCCAGUUCCUGAUUGCUUCCUUCUUGCAGGAGUGCACUUAUUUGGAAUCCUUUUAUCCCCAUAAUGAAGAAGCCAAAGGUCUUCUGAAAUGGAAAUCCACUUUUUACCAACAAAACAGCUCGUUGUAUUCUUCAUGGACUAUUUCAGAAAAUGGUGGCAGCCCAUGCAACAACUGGCAUGGAGUUAUCUGCGUUGCUGGAAGUGUCCACAGGUUGAACCUUACUACUUCCAACAUCAAUGGUACACUCCAAAGCUUUCCAUUUCAUUCACUUCCAAAUCUUCAAUAUUUUGAAAUUAGUUUGAAUGCGUUUUGGGGAAGCAUACCACCCGCAAUUGGCAAUCUUUCCAAGCUUGUCUACCUUGAUAUGUCAGUUAAUUAUUUUACUGGCACAAUCCCGCCUCAAAUUGGCCUUUUAACCCGUCUCAAGACCCUCCAUAUGUUUGCAAACAACUUGGGUGGUCCAAUCCCCGAUGAAAUUGGCAACUUGACAUCUCUUACUGAGCUUGCUUUGCUUGGUAAUUCUCUUAAUGGCUCUAUUCCUGCUUCAAUAGGCAAUUUGAAAAACUUGAAUUCUUUGCAACUUUAUAUGAACUCUCUUUCUGGCCCCAUUCCUCCCGAGCUGGGAAAACUCUCCAAUCUCACUGUGCUUUACAUAGACACAAACCAACUAACCGGUUCAAUUCCCCCCGAGUUAGGAAACCUAUCAAAAUUAGAACAAAUGUACAUUUUUUCUAACAAUUUGAGUGGUCAUAUUCCCCAUGAACUAGGAAAGCUAAAGUCACUCUUAUAUCUCAGCUUAUGGUCGAACAAUCUUAGUGGUCAUAUCCCAGCUUCACUAGGUGGCCUAGAGAAUUUGUUACUUCUUCACCUCUAUGGUAACCAACUUAGUGGUUCAAUACCUGAAGAGUUAGGGAAUCUAAAGAGCAUCACUGAUCUUCAACUGAGUCAGAAUAUGCUCAGUGGUUCAAUCCCUACCUCUAUAGGGCGUUUGAGGAACUUAAAAAUCUUGUUUCUUCGUGACAACAAUCUUUCUGGUUCCAUUCCUCCUGAACUUGGCGAACUGAAAAAGUUGACCGUACUGGAAAUGGAUGAUAACCAAUUCUCAGGCCAUUUGCCCGACGGUAUUUGCAAAGGGGGGGCACUUCAAAAUUUCACGGUGAACAACAAUAACCUCUCGGGGCCGAUUCCACCCAGCUUAAGAGACUGCAAAAGCUUAAAGCGUGUCCGGUUUGAUGGCAAUAUGUUCACCGGAAACCUCUCUGAAUCUUUUGGCAUAUACCCUGAUUUGCAGUUUAUGUGGCUCAGUCAAAACCAGUUCCACGGUGAAAUCUCCAAGAACUGGGGAAUCUCCAAAAACUUGACAAACCUGCAAAUGGCUGAAAACAAUCUCACAGGUAGAAUCCCUCCUGAGUUUGGAAAUUUGACUCAACUAGGAAUACUCAAACUUUCUUCAAAUAACUUGGGUGGGGGGAUCCCUGCAGAACUUGGGAGUCUAUCAUCUCUGCUUUCUUUAUACUUGGGGGACAACAAUCUUUCCGGUGAAAUACCCGAAGAGUUAGCCUCUCUUAAGACAUUGUAUGUCCUUGAUUUAUCCAAGAACCAGUUUAGCGGGCCAAUACCCAAAUUCAUAGGAGACUAUCAGUCUAUGUAUGAAUUGAACUUGAGCCACAACAACUUCAGCCAGCAUUUACCAGUUGAGCUAAGUAAGCUAUCACAUCUUACAACGCUGGACCUGAGUAACAAUUCUCUCAGUGGAGAGAUCCCACCUUUGUUUAAUAGUCUUAGUGAUUUGGUGAAUGUUGAUUUAUCCUAUAAUCAGCUGACAGGCCCUAUUCCUGAAACCAUGGGUUUCAAGAAUGCCUCUCUGAAGGGAAACAAAGGUUUAUGUGGAGAUAAUAAAGACCUUCCACCUUGCACAAAACCUCCAGAGGUGUCCUCUGUGGAGAAAAAGAAAAAGAGUGGCCACAAAAAACAGAUUCUCAGCAUUGUAUUGCCUAUAGUGGGAGCCCUGGUACUAGUUUCUGUGUUCGCAGUGGUUCUUUUCACUUGUGGGAAAGGAGAUAGAGAUCCAGAUGAAGAGCAAUCCAAUUCGUUGAGAAGAGGCGAUGGUGACAACAAUGAUGAAGACACUGAUCUCUUCUCCAUAUCCUCAUUCCAUGGAAAGGCAUUGUAUUUGGACAUCUUGAAAGCCACCAAGGAGUUCGACGAGAUGUACCGCAUUGGGGAAGGAGGGUUCGGGACUGUUUACAAGGCUAAAAUCCCAUCAGCCGAGAUAGUAGCUGUAAAGAAGCUUCAUUCAUCAGCUGAGAUCGCUGAUCAGAAGGGCUUCUUCAAUGAAAUAAGAGCUCUGACAAAGAUCAGGCACAGAAACAUCGUCAAACUCCAUGGCUUCUGCUCAAAUGUGAGGCAUGCAUUCUUGGUUUACGAGUACCUUGAAAUGGGUUCUUUGUCGAAGAUGCUGAGCAGAGAUGAGGACGCUAGGAAGCUGGACUGGAUGACGAGGGUGAAGAUCGUUAGAGGCAUCGCUCAGGGCUUGUCUUAUAUGCACCAUGAUUGCUCGCCUCCAAUUGUUCAUCGAGACAUAUCGAGCAGCAACAUUCUCCUUGACGCUGAUUUCGAAGCUCGCAUCUCGGAUUUUGGCACUGCUAAAUUACUCAGGCGAGACUCCUCUAAUGUCAGCGCGCUUGCAGGCACCUGCGGAUAUAUCGCACCAGAAUUUGCUUUCACUAUGAAGGUGACUGAAAAAUGCGAUGUGUAUAGUUUCGGAGUAUUAACAUUAGAAAUCAUUGUGGGAAAACAUCCUGGUGACUACAUCCAUCGUCUCAUAUCUCCUUCCCCUGCAACCAUCCAACUCCAGGAGUUGCUGGAUCCACGGCUUCCACAUCCUGAAAAUGAAAUAGUGGAGGAAGCUUUGGUUCUGAUUGCUAAAAUGGCCCGAUCUUGUCUGCUUACAAAUCCAAAAGCAAGGCCAACAAUGCAGGUAAUUGCUGAGAUGUUGGCAAUAGGACCACAAUGAAUC